AUGUAUAAAACAAAUAUAUUAUUUAUUAUAUGGUUGGUAACCAUUUCAACUUUUAUUGGUGUUUCACACUCUUCUGAUUUAAAUCCAAACGAAUUAAAUUCAAUUAGAUGGUUAAUUUCUCAGUAUCAACUCCAAUGGAGUAUCACUGCAACAAAUUGUGCUGAUAUUGUUGGUACUACAUUUUUCGGUACCUUAACUUGUAGUGAUAAUGGAGUUGAAGAAAGUAUUCAGAAAAUUAAUGUUCGUGCAGGAAAAACAGUUGAUAGUGGUGAACCUGUGUAUAUAGAAAAGUUAACCUUCCCAUUAUUGACAGAUUUCUCUUUCCAAACAUAUUCCCCAGCGAAAAACUCAUCAUACAACAUCUUGACUCUAUUGGAUAAUGAUGCUCACGUGUAUUUAACAAAUUUAUUGAUCUACAACAUCAAUAUCAAUGUUACUAAUACUUUCCCAUCGAAAUUACCUGCUCUUAAUCAAUUAUCUUUUUAUAAUACAAUUGUAUAUUCAGAUAUUUCCUUAAAUAAUAUCUUUCAAAUCUCUAAUAUUGGUGUAAUUGAUUUUUCAAAUCUUACCUUUACAUCAACAUAUCAAUUGAUACUAAGUUCUAAUGAUACAAUCAAUUCAAAUAUUGGAACAAUUGGAGUUGCUGAUACCCCAGCUUUCCAAACAUAUGGUGGUCUAAAUAUUACCUCAACAUAUUUCCCAUCCCUAACUACAUUAAAAUUAAGAUAUCUUACCCCAGAGCCAGUUACUCUUUUUAACGCAGAUCGUUUGAAUACAGUAUCUUUUGAAACUGCAAAUGUUACCUUUGGUAAGCUUCCUGCUCUUGAUAGUGUAGAGUUGAUCAAAAGUACUAGUUCUGUAUCUGAUUUUAGUAUUUACUAUGUUACAAAAUUAACAUUAAGAAAUUCUUAUACUCCUUUGACUGGAGCAUCAGGAUUAACUUUAUUAUCUGCUUCAAAUACUUUUGUACCAGUUAUUCCACCUGAAAAUUGGUUUGCUCCAACUUUUACUUUACUUCUUUCAAAUACAAACACAACAGGAUAUCUUCCAGAGUAUCCAAUUAACAGUGGUACAGUUUCCAUCACUGGAAGUCAAUAUAAUAUUUCAGUAAAAUUAUAUGAAUCCUACUGUUAUAUGAAUUUAAUAUUCCUACCCUCUACCCUUUUGGUCGACUUUGACAAUAUCGCAGAAUGUUUCUAUUGUUAUUAUCCAGAGAUUAAAGCAAACCUUCCACCAAAUACACCAGCUCCACCAAGUAAUUAUACUUGUAAUUACUCAAUUAAACAAAAAGCCUUCCCAAAGUUGUAUCCAAAUGGUAGAAACUUGGGUUGGGGUCAAAACCUUGCACCAAAAGAAUUAACAAAAGAUCAAAAUAACAGAAUGUAUAUUUUACGUACUCGUGAAUCAUUUGGAAAACUUACGAUUUACUUCUCUACAACUCAUAACUACGCAGUUGAUAUUCUUUGGGGAAUGCAAUUGGUCGUACAAUAUGUUCAUAGUAUAAAUUUAGAUUCCGGAGAUAUGAUGUUAAGAUUUACUGGAACUUUCAAUACCUUUGCCCCUAUGAUCAUUACUUUGGAGAAUAUGGCUGGUCCAAAAUGCAUAGUUUCAACUAAAUCACAAACACAACUUGAAUGCAUAGUAUCGAAUUACAGUACAUUGGCACCAGUCUGGGUGAACAUAUCUGAUACAAUUUCCAAUGUAACAAUGUAUACAUCUCCACCAUUGAUUAUUUCUGAAGUAAAGCCAAAUGGAAAUGGUUUCCUCACUUUUGUUGGAAACUAUGGACCUGCUCCUUAUCAAGUUUCUGUCAUGUUCCCUACUCUAUUUUAUCCAUAUUCUUUGACCUCUACCGAAUUGAUUAUUUAUACAGCCCAGAAACUCAUUCCAAAUACUAAUUACACCGCUCAAGUGUUAGCCAAUGGAUACACUGUAAAUGUAACAUUUAGUAUCCCAAAGAUCAUCAAGAAUGACUGUGGUCCAAAUGACAAUUGCUAUGGUCACGGUAACUGUUCCGAUAUCUGUUCAUGCUUCAGUGGUUAUGGUGGAUACUAUUGUGAAUUACAAUUGAAUCCAGGAGUUGUGAUUCUUCCAAACAAUACAACUCCAUCGCCAACCAUUAUCGUUCAAAACGGAUUGAAUUUCACUUUCAAUAUCGUUGCUAUUCAAGAGUUGGAUUCAUUGGCGAGCGUUGCCAAAGAGAUUCUAACCACCAAUUGGACAGUUAUCACCUUAGGAGAUGGUAACUUUAGUAAAACCAUCUAUAGCUUGGAUCCAGCGAUUGCCCCAGGUGUUAUUGCAAUCAUCGAAUAUUCCAAGGAAAUGAGAGUGGUUGAGUUCGCCGGACAAACUACCACCUAUCCAGAGAACAGUCUCAAACUAUUGGUUAGCAUAACCAAUUGGAAAUAUUCCGAUAAACUCAAUCAUCUCAGAGUGAUACUAUCGACCAGUGCCACUAUCAACUCUGAUUGUGCACAGAUUGAUAUCACAGUAAACAACAGUACCAGUGUAGAUUAUCUAAAGAUGACAUUCGAUGGACAGUCGUUGUAUGGUAGAUUCCUUCCCUACGGAUUGGCAGAUGGAGUACCUGCACUUGUCACCAAUCACGUAGUCAAUCAGACUAAAGACGCUGUACUCGUAGGAAUGACACUCCCCUAUUGUCAAGCUUGUGUUAUCGAUCCAGAUUUCUCUGUACUCAUAGAGUCUGGUAAAAAAGAUAAAGCAACCUGUGGUGGUGGUGACGAGAAAUUUGCCGCAUGGAAGAUCGCCACUAUUGCCGUCGUUUGUGGUGUCGCCCUCGCAGCAGCUGCAAUCACAACCGCUAUUGUAAUGAAAAACAAAUUCAAAUAUAGAACUGAGAAAACUCGUGUAGAAAGUAAACUAAGUAGAAUUUAA